UUCAGAUGCCGGCCGUCAUGGACGCGUCGCACCCGCUGGGCGCCGGGCACGGGCUGAUCCAGGAACUGUGCCUCAAGAGGGAGCAGCAGCAGCAACAACAUCAACAACAGUUUGCGCAGCCGUGGCUAUCCGAGCAGCAGCAGAUGGAGAUGGCCGGCGAGGGCGGCGCCCCGGGGAUGUUCGGCACGGCGAGGAUGGACCAGGAGUUCAACGGGAGCACCACGCCGGAGAGCAGCACGCAGCCGGCGGGCAUGGGCUUCGCGUCCUUCUCGUCGCCCGCGGCGGGGCCGUCCGCCUCCGGGUCCACGCACAUGUCAGCCACCGCGCUGCUCCAGAAGGCGGCGCAGAUGGGCGCGACGCUCAGCCGUCCGUCGGGCCAAGGCCAGAUGGCGGCGAGCACCCUCAGCAGCAGCAGCGUUGGCGGCGCCGCCAGCAAUAAUGCACCGGCUGCCGCUACUACCACUAACAGCGCGACGACAAGCACUGCCAUCGGCGCUGGAUUCGCGCACACGUUCGAGGCGCCAGCGCACUUCGGGGUGCACCAGAGAUCUAGUUCCAGUCGCAAUGCCGGCAAUGGCGCCACCGGGGCCGGAGGUAGUGGCAAUGCCGGGGGCGGCAACGACGGCCAAACGAGGGACUUCCUGGGGCUGCGGGCAUUCUCCCACGGCGACAUACUCAGCAUGGCAGGGUUCGAUCCCUGCAUGCCCACGUCGGCCUCCGCGUCCGCGGCGGCGUACGAUCAGCAAGGGCACCAGAGCAGCGAGCCAUGGCACGGCUAGCAAGGUACAGUACUAGUGAUGAACAUCGCUACCAGCUGGCUAGCUCGCCAUCGAUGAGCUGAACCGUGUCAAUUCGAUGCACCAUGCAAUGGCCUAAUCUUCAUCGCCUCAGGAUGCCAGCAUUGCUCUCGAUCAUAUAUGUCAAGUUUCUCAUGGGGUAAGUGGUCGAUAUCCAGUUCGUUUUUGUUGCACGCCACUCAGUUUGAUCUUCUUUUCGGAGGAAAUAAUGAACUGUUCAAAUUCAUGUAUAUGCUAGAGAUGAAAGUGCUCUAUAUAUCGAACUUGCAAAUAAAUUCUUUUCAUGCUACAUAUACGGGACUUGCAAAUUAA